AUGCUCGAGAGUCCUGGACUUCUUCGCACGCGCAUCUUCAAGCUCGAGCACGCUUCGCUCAUCCAGGACGAGAAGUACAAACAAGUAGACAAGGCGUCAGUGUACCAGUACAUGACGUUUUGGGAGUUCGAUAGCGAGGAGUUGCCAUGGGAGAUCUUGUCAUGGCAGGUCGGACAAUUUCUGGUAAAUAACAUCUAUCCCGACAUCGAGGACGCGGACUCCCCGGCCGUCAUGGGGGCGAAGAUCAUCGUAACCCCGGUCGCACAGGAGACGUGA